GAUACACGCGCGCACCUUCUAUGCAGUUUGGUUCUUUGUCCCGGAAUCAGUUCUUUAUCAGCGGUCAGGCCAGGCCUGGCUCCCCAUUCCAGGGUCGCACUGAACAAGAAAGAAUGAAUUCUGUGCUUUUAACUGCCAUAUCCCAGGAAUCAUUGACAUUCAAGGAUGUGGCUGUGGACUUUACCCAGGAAGAGUGGAGGCAAUUGGAUCCUGGUCAGAGAUACCUGUAUAAAGAUGUAAUGCUGGAGAACUACAGAAAUCUAGUAUUAGUGGGACAUCAAGUUUAUAAACCAGAUUUGAUAUCACAAUUGGAACAAGGAAAAGAACCUUGGAUUGUAGAGAGAGAAAUUCCAAGAAGUGCCUUCCCAGACUGGGAAAUCAGAACUGAAACCAGAAAGCUAACUCCAAAGCAAAACAUUUCUGAAGAGGAAUCAUUUCAGAAGGUAGAAAUGGAAAGAUUCACAAGGGAUAGUAUAUGUUACUCUAAGUCAGGUGACAACUGGAGAUCUGAAGACCAAUUUGGCAUCCCACAAGAAAUAUAUGAGAAAUAUCUAAAACAAAUGAAAGUUGCCCCAAAUAAAAUCCUACCUGGGAAGAAAAACUCUGAAUAUAAUCAAUUUAAUCUGGACUCAGUUCUUGUUAUUGAGCAAAAUAUUCCCACUAGAGAGAGAUACCAUAAAUAUGAUAUAAGUAGGAAAGCUUUUAAGUGUAAUUCGUAUUUAAUAAGUAAUCAGAAAGUAUGUAUACCAAAGAAGUCUUAUGAAUGUGCUGAAUGUAGAAAAAUUUUCAGUAAGAGUGCACUCCUUAAAAAACAUUUUAGAGUCCAUACCAAUGAGAAACCCUUCAAAUGUAAUGUCUGUGAAAAAGCUUUCAGGAAUACCACACUCCUUAUUCAACACCAGAGAAUCCAUUCUGGAGAGAAACCUUUUAAAUGUAAUGAAUGUGAAAAAGCUUUCAACCAAAAGACAGGUCUUAAUCGACAUAAAAGAAUUCACACUGGAGAAAAACCUUAUGAAUGCAAAGAAUGUGGGAAAGCUUUCAGAUGGAGUACACAGCUAACUCAACAUCAAAGAAUUCAUACUGGAGAGAAACCCUAUAAAUGUAGUGAAUGUGAGAAAACUUUUAGUCAGAAGGCAGAAUGUACUCAACAUGGGAGAAUUCAUACUGGAGAGAAACCUUAUAAAUGUAGUGAAUGUGGGAAAGCUUUUAGAUAUAGUACAAACCUAACUCAACAUCAGAGAAUUCAUACUGGAGAGAAACCCUAUGAAUGUAAUGAAUGCAGAAAAGCAUUUUCUGAUAGAUCAUCCUUUAACAAACAUGAAAGGAUUCAUACUGGAGAAAAGCCCUAUAAAUGUAGUAAGUGUGGGAAAGGCUUCAUUCGACAUGCAGACCUUACCCUACAUUACAGAACUCAUACUGGUGAGAAACCUUAUGAAUGUAAUGAGUGUGGAAAAGCCUUCAGCUUACAUGUACAUCUUACUCGACAUCAGAGAACCCAUACGAGAGGAAAAUUUUAAAUAUGUAGUCAGUUUGGGAAUGUUUUUAAAAGACACAGUUUAACCUUGGUCAGAUAUCAGAGACCACUGUAUAAUUCUAGGAAUUUAAUAAAUGAAAAAGUUUCAUUUGAAAUUAUCCCAUAUUCAAAUAGCUUAUGGUUAUAAUAGUACCAGUUAAAAUUUUGAUGUACUUGAAUGAGAAAUAUGCUGCUUCUUUCCCAUCCCUUUCUCCACUGUAUAUUGAUAAUAUAUUCCCUAGUUUCUAUAAGGGGUUCUGCAUAAAUUCAUACAACUUCUUUUUUAUGAUCAAUUUGCUUAAUGGUUAAUUUAACACUAAUUUGUCUAUUAAGCAUUUUAAAAUUACUGGGUGGUUUUUUAAAAUUACCUCAGUUUAUAGUUCAGGGCUUCUACUAGACAUUUUUGCAUCACUUUUUGAGAAAAUACCAAAAAUAAUAUGUGAACCUAAGAUUAGGGAAAUUGUUGAUUAGACUAAUGACUUUAAGUGAAUUUGACUUGUAGUCCUUAAUACUAGAAUUGUAUAGGUAGGAAUAGGGAGUGGAAUUAUUUCCAAGAUUUCUUUAAGAAACCACCCUUUAUUCAACAGGAAAGAUUCCUUAUUGAAAAGAAACUCUGUAAAUGUAAUGAAUAUGGCAAAGAUUUCAGCACUAACUUGUAUUAUCUUUAUAUCAACAGAGGCAUAUAUAUGAAGGCAAUGAAUUUAUACAAUAGAAAAACCCUUUAAAUGUAAUGAAAAUAGCAAGACAUUUACCUAGAAUUUGUACAACUUAAUUUUAGCAUUAGACAGUUGACACUAGAAAUCAUAAAUAUGAUAUAUGUUCCAUAGCAUUUAGUCAUAUUUUAUUUUCUCAGGAAGCAUCAGACAAAAUAUACUUAGAAAAUUCCUAUGACCAAGUUUAACAAAAUCUUAAGUGACAUUCCUUGGCAAAUUUCAAAAAGUCCAUCUUAGAAAUGUCCUGAAUAUAAUGAAUAUGGGAAAUACUCUAAUACUUAAAUCUAAGUAAGCAUCAGAGAAUUCCUAUUAUGGAGGAAAAAGCAUGAAUUUAAUGCAUAUAACAAAGUCUUUAACAGCCGCUCAUACUUCCUUCAACAUCUGAAAAAAUGACUGUAUGAAAAGCCUUCAGUGAAAGCUCAUGCCUUACUACACAUCAGAGCAUUAAUAAUGGAGACAAAACAAUAUAAUGACUAUAUGAAGGCCUUUAGGCAGAGAACACAUCAUAAUCAGCAAUUGAGAAUCUACACUGAAAGAAUUCUCAUAAAUGCAGUAUAUGCAACAUUUUUUUUAAUAAUCAGUCCUUAUUAGCAGAGGAUCCACAGUGGGAAAAAAGCUUUAUGAAUGUAAUUAAUGUAGCAAAGCCAUCAAAAAUAGUACACUUAUUUAACAUUACAAUGAAAAAUGUGAUGAAUGUGGAAAUGCCUUCAAAUAGGUAAUCUCAUUGAACAUCAAAAAAUUCAUUUGGGAGAGAAACUAUAAAUGCAAUGACUAUGAGAAGGCUUUCAGAAGAAAUAUGUGCCUUUAAUGACAGAUCAUCCCUUGUUGAGCAUUAUAGAAAACAUCCUGGAGAAAAGUCCUAUAGACAGAACCAAUGUGAAAAAGCCUUCAGUACCCAAUUAUAUUUUCUUAUACCAGAAAAUUCUUAUUUUAGACACUAUUAAUGCAAAGUAUGUGGAAAAGCUAACAACUAUAGCAAACAUUAUUAUACAGCAGAAAAGUUAUACUAGAGAGAAAGCUGUAUAUGUAAUAUAUUCAUGAAAAAAAUAAUCUUUUAUCCAGUUCUUAUUCAAUCUGUAUACUAUGUUAAAGAGAAACCACAAGAAAAUAUUAAAUGUGGGAAAGUUUUCAUUGAUAUCAUCUUUUAUUCAACAUUGGAGAAUUCGUGUUGCAGAAAAGCCUUAUGAAUAUAAAAUAAUGCCAAAGCUUUCAGUAUUAACUUAUUAUUCUACCUAGUCAUAAGGUUCAAAUAGGAGUGAAACUAUAUAUGACAAAACCUUUAGCCCCAGUACAUACUUUAUUUGUUAUUAAUAAAUACACACUGGAAAAAAAACUCAUAAACAUAACAAAUAUGGUGAAAGUCUUCAGUGACACCUCAUCAGACAUACAUUGGAGAAGGCAUACAAAAGAGAAAUCCAAAGUGUUGGCUCUCUAAACCAUGGAAAUAAUUGUCCUUUUAAUAACAAAGCUAUAUUAAAAUGUGUUCAGCCAUAUGUUCAUAAACAUACUAUGCAUAAGUAAUAUGGUCCUUUUAAGAGGCAAGGGAAUAUAAUAGGCUACUAAGUAAAAGCUUUUCCCCUAUCUUCUUCAUUUUGAGUUUAAUUGUUUUUUAAUUCUUUUGUUUUAAUUCAGAGCAAUACUUCUGUACAACAAUAAAUUACGUUGAAAUAAAAGUGCAAUAGCAUAAAUGUUGUUUGAUUUUUUUCUUUAAAAAACAUAAUUGUCCCACUACCUCUCCCACCUAUAUUGAAUAAAUAUGAAAAAAGCAAUAAAGCUCCCAAUACUUUAUAUAUAGUGUAGUCCAACAAAACAAAUUCCUGCAUUGGCUGUGUCCAAAAAUGUAUAACUCUCUCUGCAUUUCAUGUUCAUUACUUCUCUGGUAGGAAAUUAGUAGAAUAUUUUAUCUUUUUUUUCUGAUUUGUGAUUUAUCAUUGUACCAACGAGAACAUUUUCACAUUGUUUUUCUUUGUUAUCACUAUAUAAAUUAUUCCAAUUCUGCUCACUUUACUCUUUCUAAAUUCUCUUUCCAAAUUUCUUCUGAAAUUGUACAGUAUGUAUUUUCUUAUUGCAUAAUAAUAGUCCAUCAAAUUCAUAUACAAAAAUUUGUUUAGCAUUUUCAAAUUAGGAUAUCUUCCCUUAACAUUUCAUAAAAAAGAGUUGUUCCUAUUCUUAUAUAUCUUUUAGUUGGUUGUCCAGGGUUGAAAAGGACUCAUUAAGGCACUCCAACCAUUUCCAGAAUUUGGAACCCACUGGUUACUUUUCUUUUCUUUUUGUCUUCUGGUGCCAAGAGUUCUAGUGUAACUUGAUAAUUUCUUCAAAUAGUGUUUUUUUUAAUGUUUUAUUAUAUGUAAUUAUGUUAUAUUUAUAUUUCAUUUUAGUUUAUAUUUUCAUUUUUAUAUUUUAGGAUUUUUUAUCUUCUGAUCACAAUUUUCAGAUAGAUAGUAUAAAUCUUAAGUUUUCUCUCUUUGCCAUGUUUUUAACAGAAGGGCAAUUUUCCAAGCAAGAUAUUAAGAGGGUCAUAUAACCUGGAUAAUAAAGGAUGGGUCAAAUGGCACUGCCUCUG